AUGGAUGUAUGGACGGACCCCCCACGGGUGACCAGAGCAAGGCAAACAUUGAACAUCAUCGGCUGCGUCUGCGUGUUCCUACUGCACCGCGCCGCCGGGGUAUACACGCAGUAUCCGGCCCUGGUUGACCUGCUGGUCAGCGUGUUUUUCGCCGAGUACUGCCGCUUCACCAACGAGGGCCGCAGGAUAGCGCUCGCCAGGGCCGAAGAUGUCGCCAGGGAGAGGUACCUCGAUGCGGCACAGCAGGAGUCAAAGAUGGGGCUAGGCCCGGCCCCGACCGCCCAGCUCAGCUGCGACGCCGUUGCCAUGAUUGUGGGAUGGCGUGAAGAUCCAACCCUGUGGCGGAGGUGCUUGGAGAGCUACAACCACGCCAGCGGCUGGAGGUUCAUGGUUGUCGGAAUCGACGGCGACGAUGCCGAAGAUGACGAGAUGAUUGAUGUUUUUCGCAAGAUGUAUCCUACCCACUCCCACGUCCUGCACAUAGACGAGCCUUUGGGAGAGGUUAGCAUCAAGGUUCUGGAGGAAAAGUAUGCCGAGCUCCAAAAAUGGGGACAGGUCAAGGUCGACGAGGAGGAGAUCAACGACGUGGCCAUGAGCAGGUGCAUGGACAUUGCGCGACAGCACGUGCAGAAGCUCAUGCAAAAGGACGGCGACGUCAAGCACCUGCUGAUUCACCAGCGCCACCUGCACAAGAAGGGAAUCAUGUUUACGAGCCUGGUCUUCUCCAUGGUGAUUGCCGAGCUUCACAACCUCCGGUUCCUGUGGACGUCGGACUCGGACUCGUUUGUGAAGCCGGACUCUGUCCAGGGGACCAUCUGCACCAUGGCCAGCGACCCAGGAGCCGGCGGCGCCAGCUCCGGGAUGGCCAUCCACAACGCCGACGAGACGCUGGUGACGAAGCUGUCGUCGUCGGUCUACUGGUGCGACCAGUACCUGACGCACGCGUUGCCGGCCUCGGUGGGAGUCAACGACUGCCAGAGCGGGCCCAGUUCUGCGUUUCGGAUAUCUGCCAUUCGACCAAUUCUGGUGUCGUGGUACAACCAAAAGGUGUUUGGCAAGCGAAUGAUUGUUAAUGAGGAUAGACAUUUGACUACAUUGUUGCUGAGUCAAGGCUGGCGUGUGAUUUACGCUGGAGAUAUCAUGACUGAGACCGAGAAUCCAACGACACUACAACGUUGGAUACAGCAACAGGUUCGAUGGGCGAGAGCCCAACACAUCGAGACCCUGCUACCCAUCAAAGUCUACGCCAUGUCCCACCCGUUCCUCUUCCUGUCGGCGCUACGAAGGGAGCUGAACCUCCUGACCAUCUUCACGCAGACGUUUGCCUACCUCUUCCUGGACCGACAGCUGCUCGCGUUCAACAUGACCGACUUUUGCCUGCACAUCAGCGGCAAGGCGCUGUACGGCGUGCUCCGCAGCCCAGACGACUCGCAGUCCCUGCUGUCGGCGGUGCUGUGGAUCAUCCCAGGCAUGAUUUUCUACAACGUGCCGCAGCCGGCCGUGCACGCCUGGGGCCUGGCGACGCUGACCGCCGACACCUGGGGCACGUCGAUGCGGUCGAGCGGCGAGCUGGCCAAGAGGGACGGGCUGGGCGAGCGCUGGUACAAGUCUGGGUUUUUGGUGGUGUGGAUAGGCACUGUGGGCGCCCUGCUGGCGAAAUGGACCCUGACCCGUCUGGAGUUGCUGCCCGAGCAGAGGGUGUUGGGCAUGGCCGUGACGGGGUUGCUGUGUUCGUUUUUGAUGUGGAGAGCCGUGAUUAAUUAUCGAUAG